CGAUAACGUUGUGCCAUAUGAAAGAUGUCUAGUUUUUAGAAUCUUUGUAUCCAGUAAAUGCUCACAGUAGUUGUUGAGUAGUCCAAUUUUUCCAUUGUGAUGAAACUAUUAUAGUUAUCAAAUCAUAAAAACAAAUAUCAGAUAGAUAUCUUCACUAAUCGUGUUGCCAUAGAAUUAAAAUAGAUUAAUCAACGAAAAAGAUCCAUAAAACAAUAUAUUUUAUAUCAUAAGAAUCAGAUAUCAACUUUGUCAUCUUAACAUGUAGACCAGGUGAUUGGAUCACAUAUGAUCACGUUAGUUCACAAAACAUCCUGAAGGUGCCCAGAAGCUGAAAAAACAGUAAACAGUUAAGAUUUGCCAUUAACUAAAAAUUAUUGUAAAUCAAGUUUAUUAUUGAAUUUUUGUCUUCAAUUUCCUUUCAAUUUUGAUGACGAUCAAUUUAUAUAAAUUGAGUGGAAGGUUAUAUUUUACAACUAUAUGUUCACUGGGUUCAAGGCAGACAACUGAAUAUGUUUAUGCAACUCACUCAACUUUCUCUCUUCGUUCUUGCCUCUCCAUCAUCACUAUCAAACAAGUCAAUAAUCAAUACUGAUCUGCCUGUCGUUCAACCAUCAACAUCUUAAAACUGUGAUUUAAUUUUACAGUUGUGUCUUUUAACUAUCUUCAUCCAUUCCAAUACAUUGGUAGACAUCCAUUUUAUUGUAUAAUCUUGUAUAAGUCUUUGUAGAUCAUCCUCAUCAAUAAUGAGUGUGCUUUUCCCAGGAAAACAAGUGUCAAUACCAACUGGAUAACAAUGAUUCUGACGAAGAGCUCUUCGAAGAUGCAACUGAGCAACUGGACAUUGACCUUAACGGUAACAAAGGUUUACCAAAGGAUAACGUGACUGCAGUCGACAUGGAUGCGAUUUUACGUGAAUGUCGAGCUCAUGUUGAUCUGUUUAUGAACUACCAGUUUGAUGAGGCCAUGAAAGCAUGUGAAUCAAAACGAGAUCAAUCUUUUGUUUUCGAGUGUGGAACUGCAGCCUUAACUGCUAUUCGAGCUCUUUUUUCAAUGGAAGAGCCCAUUCUAGAUGAAGCAUUUACUAAAAUUGAAAGAGCAAUUGCAGUUAUUGAUCGAUCUCGACGUAAAACCAGUUUAGUUUCGAAAAUUUGGGGAUCAGUUAAUGCAGCAAGUUAUACUGAAGAGGAAUGUCACGCUGAGAUGAUGUACGCUGAGCUUAAUGUCGGCUGGAUAUUGUUGGCUGUUUUAAGAGCAAAAUCAUUUUCAACUCUGUUAAAGGUUGUCAUGAGGUUACGUGAAACAAUUUAUAUUUACAGAAAAUGCCGAAAAAUAUUGGAAGAUAGAGAAAGUUGGUUAACUCCGUACACAAAGAAAAACUUUGAAGCUGGUCUUCGAAUUGGAACUGGUUUUUUCAAUCUGGCAAUUUCUUAUAUUCCUGCUCGAGUCCUCAAAUUGAUUGAAUUAUUUGGUUUCUCUGGAACUCGAGAAGAAGCUUUUGUCCAUCUUAAGCAAGUUUCAAUUGGAGAUUGGGGAUUCAGGAGUCCGAUUGCUGCCAUGUUACUCCUUGCUCAUGAAUGCACAGUUGAAUUUACCUUCGGCCUUGGUGAACCUGAGAUGUCUUUUAUGGAAGAGAUUCUGGCAACAUGGGAUAUUUACUCAAAGAGUGGGUUUGGUAAAUUUUAUCGAGCAUUGUUUUCAUUUGUUAAUGGUCGAAUCGAAGAGGCAAUCGAGUAUUAUAAUCAAGCCUUGAAAUUAAGUCCAUCCAAGGAAUGGAGUCAGAUUGAUUUUGCCUGCUAUUGGGGAUUGUCAUUUUCACAUGCGAUUUUGGGUGACUAUGAAAAAGCUGCUAAUUUUGCCAAUCGAUUGUUAAAAGAUUGUAAAUGGUCGCCUUGUACCUCACUUUAUAUGGAAGCUUGUUUCAGAUAUAUGGUUAAUCUUGAAAAAAAGGACCCCAUUCUGGCUGAAGAAAUUUCCAAAAACAUGAAACAAGUACCGAAAUCAAUGAGACGAGUUGCUGGAAAGAGCAUUUAUUUAGAGAAAAGUCUAGUUAAAAGAUCACAAUUAUAUUUCUUAGAAGGUGAAACUCUACUUUUACCAGUUAUGGAAUUGUUUUAUAUCUGGAAUAUUUUUCCGAUCCUUGGUAAAUGUCCAAAAAUGUUGGAUAGACUGCUACAAACAGUUGAAAAAGAAAUGAAAAACUUCUCUAAAGAGUCAAAACAUUACCAUAAAUACUAUUAUUUAAUGUUCAUGAAAGGAAUUUGUUUAAGAUAUCUUAAUUAUCCUCUUCAAGCAAUGGUAAUAUUGAAAUUUACUCAUUGUAUUAAUCUUGACCGUGAUCUUGAAUAUUAUGUUUAUCUGCAACCUCAUGCUUGUAUGGAAAUUGGUUUAAUAUAUCGAACUCAAGGAGAUUUCCAAUCAAGUUUAGAUUGGCUUCGGAGAGCCAAGAAAAAUUACCGAAAAUAUAUGAAUGAAUCAAUGGUUUAUUUCAGGAUCCAUUGUGCUGUUCACAGGAUUAAUUGUGUACAGAAAGCUGGUUCAAUUAAAGAGAAUGGAGAUGGUUUUCAAGAAAAUGAUGAACAAGAUGACGAAUUUUCAGAUACAAAUGAAGAAUGA